AGAUCGAACCAGCAAAGCCAUGACAUCAGCUUUUUGUCCUCCAAGACUACUGAGACAUUAUGAAAAGAUGUUGAUAACCGGUUCAGCCACAAGUAUAAAGCAUCACCAAACGCCACAAAGCCCUCAAAACAUCCCAAUACUUUUAGUCUUUGCGGUAACUGCUGGUUAGUGAUGAAGCAAACUGAGCUAGUCUUCAUCCCAACUCCUGGGAUCAGUCAUCUUGCGGCUACAGUGGAGAUUGCAAAGCUGCUGACUCAACGAGACCGCCGAUUCUCAAGCACAAUCUUGAUCAUGAAGUUUCCGUUUGAGUCCAAUAUUGAUAGUAUGACCACCGACUCUGAUUCCGUCCGUCUCGUCACACUUCCUCCUGUAGAGCUCAGCUCCGGACCGAGGCCGCCUGUUGUCUUCUUCUCUGAGCUCGUCAGAGCUUAUGCACCACUCGUCCGAGACGCCGUCCACGAGCUCACUCUCUCCAACUCGGUUCGGCUCGCUGGAUUCGUUAUUGAUAUGUUCUGCACCCCCAUGAUUGAUGUGGCGGAUGAGUUUGGGGUGCCUUCAUAUCUCUUCUUCACUUCCGGCGCCGCUUUUCUUGGCUUCAUGUUCCAUCUUCAAUUCCUCCAUGAUCAUGAGGGCUUGGAUUUCAAUGAGUUCAAGGACACGGAUGCUGAGUUGGAGGUUCCGAGUUAUGUUAACUCGGUCCCAGGUAAGGUCUUCCCUUCUGUGGUGCUUGACAAGGAAGGCGGUGGGACUGAGAUGAUUCUGCAUCACACGAGGAGAUUCAGACAAGUCAAGGGCACUAUUGUAAAUACAUUUGUUGAGCUUGAGUCACAUGCUAUUCAAUCAUUUUCUGGGUGUAAAGCACCGCCGGUGUACCCUGUUGGACCCCUGCUCAAUAACCAUGUGAGAUCUGGUGGGGCUCAACAAGAUGCUAAUGCCAUCAUGAGCUGGCUGGAUGAUCAGCCGCCAUCGUCAGUGGUAUUCCUGUGCUUCGGGAGCAAGGGAAGCUUUGGUGUGGAUCAAAUCAAAGAGAUAGCACAUGGGCUAGAGCAUAGUGGGCAUCGCUUCUUGUGGUCCCUUCGCCAACCUCUCCCAAAUGGUAAAAUGGGACUUCCAAGGGAUUAUGCAAAUGUUGAAGAGGUUCUACCAGAGGGGUUUUUACAUCGGAUGGCCGGGAUCGGAAAGGUGAUUGGAUGGGCUCCACAAGUAGCUAUUUUGGCCCACUCAGCGGUUGGAGGAUUUGUAUCUCAUUGUGGAUGGAAUUCUACGCUAGAAAGCAUAUAUUAUGGUGUUCCUGUAGCCACAUGGCCGAUGUUUGCAGAACAACAAAUCAAUGCGUUUCAAAUGGUGAAAGAUUUGGGAUUAGCAGUAGAAAUUAAAAUGGAUUAUAAUAAGGAUAGUAGUUAUGUUGUAAGUGCUCAGGAGAUUGAAAUUGGAUUAAAGAAGCUAAUGAAUAUGAAUAGUGAGGUCAGGAUGAAGAGGAAGGAAAUGCAAAAGUUCAGUAGGACGGCCAUAGAAGACGGUGGAUCCUCGCACUUUUCCUUGGGACAAUUUAUUGAAGAUGUGAUCAUCAACAUUCCAUGCAAGCAACAAAGUGGGACCUAAUGCAUAAUAUAAUAGUAGUGUGAAAGGAAGAAGCCCAUCGUCGGCUCUAACUAUGUUAUCACACGCUCUGUUUCAAUGCUCAAAUAAUUUAUACGAUCAAAUCGAGAAAUUUGACC